AUGCAUGGGGACAUAGUUUGCUUAGCAUCAGACCCAUUGGGCCAAAUGGGAAAGGUGAUCAACGUCGGAUUAACAGUGGACUUGGAAAAUAUCCAUGGAAGAAAAAUACACAAUGUAAGUUCCUUGAAUCUUCAGAAAAUACAUUCCAUUUCAGUUGGAGAUUAUGUAGUUAGAGGGGCAUGGCUUGGGAAAGUGGAAAAGAUAGUUGAUAGUAUCACGGUCCUAUUUGAUGACGGUACAAAGAGUGAAUUAACCACAAUUGGUCCAGAAAAAAUCACUGCCAUUUCUCCUGAUGCACUUGAAGAUUCGCAAUACCCUUUCUACCCAGGACAGAAAGUUCAAGUUGAGCCCUCUUCUGUUUCCAAAUCAGUCGUUUGGUUAUGUGGUACACGAAAGAAUAAAAAAAAACAAGGCAUUGUCUGCAAUGUGGACGCUGGACUUGUAUAUGUUGACUGGCUCGGCUGUGCUGCCGUCGAUGGUGAGGAAUGGUCUGCUCCCCCAUGUUUACAGGAUUCAAAAAAUUUAACCUUGUUGUCCUGUUUUCCCCAUGCAAACUGGCAGCUUGGUGAUUGGUGUGUUCUUCCAGUGGAGCAGAUUUUUCCACAUGCAUUUUCCUCUGGGCUGGUCGAAGGACAUGAGAUAUCAAAAAAUAUACUUCCGAGAAACAACCCCAGCCCUAAUUUUCAGGAAAUUUCUGUUAUUGUUCGGACAAGGACUAAAGUUGAUGUCCAGUGGCGGGAUGGCAGCCAAUCAGUGGGAUUAGAUUCACAUUCUCUGUUACCAGUGAAUAUUGUUGAUAUUCAUGAUUUUUGGACUGAUGCAUUUGUUAUAGAAAAGGGAACAUGUGACGAUUCAAACGUUUCAUGUGUUCAAAGAUGGGGUGUUGUGAGAAGUGUGGACUCAGAAGAACGAACUGUGAAGGUAAAAUGGUGUAAUUCCUCUGCUUUUGGGGACAAAGAAAUAGAGGAGAUUGUGAGUUCAUACGAAUUGGUUGAGCACCCGGACUACUCAUACUGCCUGGGUGAUGCAGUAUUUAGAAUGCAAAAGAGUGUACUUUUGGAUUUAGCAGAUGAAAACUGUUUCAAUAACCACACAAUCUCUAAAAUAUGUGCGUGCGAAGAGUCUCAUCUUAAGGCUAAUGAUAAUGGUGAAGAUCAGAAUAAUUACUUGAAGAGCAACUUUUUAUCUCAUAUUGGUUUAGUAGUUGGCUUCCAAGGUGGGGCUAUUGAAGUGAAAUGGGCUACUGGUGCCACUAGCAAGGUCGCACCAUAUGAGAUAUAUCGGGUUAAUAAAUGCGACGGCACAGCUACCACUUCUAUGCUAAAUGAUGAAAAUGUUCAGCAAUCAAAUGGGGACAUUGCAGUACACGAGAACCAACUUGUGGGCCAGAAAGGAAAGGAUGUGUUGGAUUUGAACUAUAACAAUUUAAAGGACUCUAGUUCAUAUUCCCUUUCUCAAGUCGCUAUUGGGGUUUUCACUAGUAUCACUUCGAGCCUAUUGGGGUCUUUGGGUUCGUCUGUUGUUUGUGCAUACAAACUCGCAUCAGGAGAUGGUCAAAAACUCGGGAUACCUAAUGAGGAGGAAGCCCUUGAACUUUGCAAUAUGAACACUGUUGAUGAGCCACUGGUAGAUGAUGAUUCAGAAAUUUAUGGAAGAAUGACUUCAGAGCCAAGAGCCAAAGAAGCUAACGAGGACAUCAUCUUGCCAUCUGGAAGCAAGCUUCCAGAACAUUUUAGGCAGUUUGAUAUGGUUAACGGUGGCUCAGACCACCACUUUGUUGGUGGAUCUGGUAUGGGAAUCAUGCAAUCUCCUCAGAUGAAAAGAAGCUGGCUUAAGAAGGUUCACCAAGAAUGGAGCAUUUUGGAGAAAGAUCUUCCAGAAACAAUCUAUGUUCGUGUCUAUGAGGAUAGAAUGGAUCUGCUUCGAGCGGCAAUUGUAGGUGCACCUGGAACUCCAUAUCAUGAUGGACUUUUUCUCUUUGACAUUUGUCUAGCCCCACAAUAUCCCGAUGAGCCACCUAUGGUGCACUAUAAUUCUGGUGGACAUCGCAUCAAUCCCAACUUAUACGAGUCGGGAAAGGUCUGUCUCAGUAUCCUCAAUACAUGGACGGGUUCAGGCACUGAAGUUUGGAAUCCGGGAUCCUCCACGAUUCUUCAAGUUCUACUCUCUCUCCAGGCCCUUGUACUCAAUGAAAAGCCUUAUUUUAAUGAGGCUGGAUAUGAUUCACAGAUUGGCAAAGCUGAGGGUGAGAAGAACUCAAUUAGCUAUAAUGAAAAUGCUUUUCUUGACAGCUGUAGAUCCAUGAUGUACCUUCUACGGAAACCGCCAAAGCAUUUCGAGGAAAUUGUGAAGGUGCACUUCAAGGGACGAUGUAAAAAUAUUCUAUUGGCUUGUAAAGCAUAUAUGGAAGGAGCUCCAAUAGGUUAUCCAUUCGGAGACAGUAAAACCAAACAUGAAUAUCAAAGAGGAAGCUCUACGGGGUUCAAGAUCAUGCUCGGGAAGCUCUUUCCUAAGCUGGUGGAAGCAUUUUCAAACGAUGGUGUUGAUUGUAGCCAAAUGUUGGACAAGCUUCAGUAA